AUGGAGCAAAUCCAACCGCAACCACCUCCGCCAGCACCGACACAAGCGCGAUACCAGCUGUUUCCGCGGGAAAGGCAGCUGCCAGUGCUCAACAGCGCCAAAGCCGCCGAGGCAGAGAGGUCCAAUUCGCCGUCCUUGUUUUCCUACAUGGACGACAGCUUCGACGAGGUCCCAACGCCAUCAGCGUUGAGAACAAAAAUUACACAGCAUAGCAUGACACGACGGCGCAAGGUCAGCGUCCCUGAGAUCGGUCCCAUGACGACGGUCCAGGAGGUGCCAAUGGAUUCCCCAACGAUCCCCGGACGUCCGCCACUACACGAACGCUCAAUCAGUGCCCCCGCGCAGGAUUGGAAGCCUUCGCCUCCGGAGUCGCUGCCUUCCCCCGUGCCACUAGCGGAGGAAACUGCUCAGGCCGAGCCGCAGGAGAAGGAGAAAGUCUCCCUGACACAAACACUCGAGGAAAAGCUCAAGACUUGCACCUCAAUGCUCAGCCGAGCGGCUUCGACCCGAAAAUUGGCGCCCCUUGUGAUACCUCACCCUGGCUCUCACUCCGCCGCUCUUCACCAGCAGACACUUGCUCACAAUCGUUCCGGGAGUGUACCGAACGAGGCGUACAAGCCGCGCAAGACAGCUGUUUCGCCGUAUCUGCGUACUCCAUUCACACCCUCUAUUUCAAUGACAGAUCUUACCUCGCCAUACUCCACCAGCACUCACGCCGCGUCCACGAUGACACUGCCGACGCCCGUAUCCGCGCCCGUCUCAGAGACCUAUCGAGCGUCGCCUAGGCCAUGGGAAGGCCGCUCACAAACACCUACCCUGACAGGGCGGGCGAAGACCCCACAGCCCGUGGCAACGCAGCAAGCCGUGGUCCCGCAUGGCCAUCGAAGAGGAGCGUCAGAAUCGGCAACAAGUAUAAUGGACCGCGGUCGGCCCCGCAAGCGCUUAGAUCAAACCAACCGACCCGCCCUCGGUCAGAGUGAGGAGAGUGCUGGCCAAAGCAUUGAGCGCAAGGCGUUUGAAGAACUACCCACAGGUGUCUUGCCCAAGGAUGCGAGUGUCGGUUUCAAGGCGGACGACAUGAUGGCCAUACACAAACAUGCACGCCGCCAGGCAGAGCGUUUCGAGGUGCUUGGCAUGAGCGACGUCGAGGCCCUCUCAAAGGAGCUUCGACGGCUGGACGAGCGCACCGAGUAUCUGCGUCGGACCUACACUUCACUUCGCGCUGGUCGCCGCAACCUCCAGGGCCGCCUCUGCCAGUUCCUCCGCUCACCCCGCGCCGAGCGCUUGAGCUUCGAGUCAAUGCUAAGGCAGGAGGAGGCGCUGGCGGAACUGGACACGUCCAUUGAUGAAUGGGUUCAGAAGCUGGAAAUGGCUGAGAAUCGUCGGACACGAAUCCGCCAAAAGCUUCUUGAGCAUGUGGCGGCUGCAGGUAUCUUGGGGGUGCCAGGAGAUGCUGCUACCCCAUCACCGCGCGAGCAACCUCCCCCAGCCGCCGUCAUGCAGUCGCCGGCUGGUUUCUGCGACAUCUCGACACCACCGCGAUCGCCAACGAAACAGGCGCCGGUCCGCAGGGGUAGCAUUUCCCCUUCGCCCCAGAGGGUCGUGGUGCAAGUCCCGAGCAUGAUCCUGGAAGAUCCACCCUUGGAGGAUGCCGACACUGAGCAGAAAGAUCAGCUCGACGCAGAAGCCCAGUCGCUCCGGAGAACGGACGUCGAGAGCAUUCGAAUCUAUGCAGGGGACGAUGUCGCCUGGCUGUUGGCUGACGUCGAGAGCGAAAUAACACGCCUGAGUCAGUCCCUCGGUGAUCCUGCCCCCAAGCAGCAUGGAAACUGGGUCGCGGCGCAGGCUCAAGUGUCGGAGCUGAAAUCAAAGCAGCUGCAUCUGCAGCGAAGCCACGAGCAGCUCAGCGGCAUCUCGUUUAGCUCGACCCCAGCGACUAUGCCUCAUAAGGGACCCAGGAGCGCGACACCCGAGUCUCCGCCUGCUCCACCGCCACCGAUCAAAGACUACCCGCGGAGCAAUUCCCCUUCUUCAACAAGCUCGAUGAGACCAUGA